AUGAACAUCGAAGUCUUCAUUUUCCCGCUCUCUUUGACGCUUUCCGUCGUCGGAAUCUACCUCAACUUGUGCUAUCAACGAGCCACACACCGAUCCACAGUCUACGCGCGGUUUCUCGGUCGAAAUUUGCGAUUUCUCUCGUUGGCACACAUUUUUCUCGCCUUCUCCAACAUUAUCUUCACAGGUGGGCAAAGCAAAAGGGCUUUGCGGGUUGACGGAUUCGAACCCCGGUCGUGUGGGUGGCGGGCAAAAACGCUAACGGGUUCGCUAGGCGCACUAGUUCCACUAGACCCCGGAGGGCGUUGAUAAAAGACGGCGAUCGCAGAGCUUUUCAAUGUCGAAUAACUGCGAAAUUCCUCAAAACAGACUAAAAGUGUCUGAAAAAUGCAAAUUGCAGCUGCGAUGUGGGGGACGAAAACUAAUCGGAGCAAGAAAUCAGAGGCCUUCUUCUCGACGACCCUCUCGCUGACUCGCGCGCUUCCAGCUGCCACCAUAUUCUGGGUGACCGUCGAGAGAAUCAUGUUCAAUCGAAUUCCGAGCCUUCGCGAAAAUGUGAAAACCAGAUAUAUCGUCAUUUUUCGGGUAAAUACAUUAGUUUUUGAUGCAAUUUGUGAUAGUUUAUGUAGAGUGUGCAACUUUUCGGCUCGAUGAUCGCUGAAAUGGUGUUGCGUGGUGUUUACGAGAACUCGUUGGAUAGUUUCGAGAAUUUAAUGGCGGAAAACGGUUCGGACGAUCCAUUUAUACGAAGUUCGCUCAUUGAAAACCCCUACUACGACUACUACCACGGUUCAAUGUUCCUUUUCAGCAUUAUGGUAAGUCUAGCCCUCCCAACUCUUGAAAUUAUCAAUUUUCAGGUAAUGUUAUUAAUUUUCAACGUGUCCACGGGCUCGUACACCCGCGCCUUACUCCUCGGCGGAAUGCGAAACGAUCAAAAAGUGAGUGUCCUCCUUGCGAAAGUGUGGCCGCCGGCGCAUUCGUAUACGCCCUGCCACCCCGACAAUUUCGGACGGGGGUAUAGCUCAGUGGUAGAGCGCUCCCUUAGCAUGGGAGAGGGCUGGGGUUCAAUUCCCCAUACCUCCAGAAACGUUUUGUCUUUUUUUGUACGCAUUUCUUUUCAGAUCCAAAACUUGAAGGCGCAAAAUUCGUUUUUCAAACGAAGCUACAUUCCGUUAUACGUGGGAUGUUUUUCCGAUUUCUCACUGCAUUUGUUGGUGAAACGGGGCCUGAGCGUAGGUGAGUUGGGUUAACAGAUUUUUUAUCGGAAAAUAAAAUUUCGGAGUCAUUUAACAGGUUAUCGAGCCAAAAACGAGCGUUCUAGCUCAAUUUUAAGCAAAGUUAUGCGCUUUCAAAGUUUGCCACAACUAUUGUAGCUUCAUUUUUUCGCAGACGACCCAACGCUCGACGUCCUGUACCUGCUGGCCCGAUCUUACCUUCCGAUCGUCUACCCAAUCUCCCUGAUAGCAGUGCACAAAGAUCUGCGAGCCGACUUCAUCGCCAACUUUUUUCUGUGUCGAAAAGCGCGCAAUCUGCAUAAAGAGUCGAAGGUGAAGGUGAUCGCGACGCGCGAAUCGCAGGAAUCGAUAAUAGCGAAUCUGAAAAUGAUCGGAAUCCUGAGCGACGUGGACACUGUCAAUCCGGGAGCGGUGCCGGCUGGCGGACCGCCGACUUUCGCACCGAGACCCUCGAAUUCAUCAGCGACACGGAGCGUCAUUUCGAAGGAUCCCAUGUCGAAUACGUCCAUGGGAAGCCUGCCGAAGACGAGCAGUGCGUCUGCGGGAGUUGCCAUGAUGUUCCACACGAGACCCAAGAAUUCGGUGCCGAGUGUCGGAUCUGUCGGAUGA